AUGGAUGAUAAUUUGGCUAAGUCUUUUUGGUAUUCUCCGGAGGUGGGAUUUUCUUAUUUCUAUUCUUUAGGUAGGUCGAGAGGAUUACUCAUUUUAUGGAAUGAUAAAGUGGAGGUCGUGAAUAGUUUUACAGGAGAGGGUUACUUGGGAAUAAAAGCUUGUUGGAAGAAUAAGUUUUAUUAUGUGGUAAAUGUGUAUUUGCCUUGUAUGUUGAACAAAAAGAUUGCGUUAUGGAAGAAGUUGCUUGAGUUAAAGGAGACUUUCAAGGAUGGGGAAUGGAUUAUGGGAGGGGACUUCAACGCGAUUAAAAACAUUAGAAAAAGGAAGGGGCGAGCGGUGUCCAUGAAUAAUAAAGAAGUGGAGCUUUUUGCAAAGUUUAUUGACAAAAGUGCUUUGGUAGAUAUUCCUUGCAAAGGGAAAAAGUUCUCUUGGUAUAGAGGGGACGGGAAGUCAAUGAGUAGAAUUGACCGCUUUAUCUUAUCCAACGAAGUGGUGACUAGAUGGGAGGUGAUGGGACAAUUAAUUGGUGAUAGGGAUAUUUCAGACCAUUACCCCAUUUGGAUUUUGAAGGAUCAAAGGAAUUGGGGCCCAAAACCAUUUAAAUUCAACAAUGAAUGGUUUAGUCUCGAUUCCUUUAUCCCUUUUGUGGAAAACGAGUGGAAAAGCUUGAAGGUGGAAGGAAGAGGUGAUUAUGUGUUAAAAGAAAAACUAAGGCUCUUAAAAGAUAAAUUAAGAAGUUAG